AUGAGAAUGAAUCCUUUAACCAAAUUUAUAAAAUGCAUUCGUAGCUUUUGUGAUAUUCAAAUAAUAGAUAUCAUUGUGAUAAGUGAAAUUGCUGAAUCAAACAUAUAUGUGCUUCGAGAGGCUGGAGCUACGUUAUUAGUGACUCAUAGAGAGAGUAUGAAGAAAUCUUUUAUUUUUCUUAUGGAUCAUUUAUAUAAAUAUUAUAGUAGACCAGGAAAAGGAAUAAUAAAAUUUUAUAAUAGAGAUGAACCUUAUUAUGAAUUUACUAAUUUUUAUAGUCCAAAAAACAACAUAUUAAUAGAAGGUGUAUAUUGGCAAACUACUGAACAUUAUUUUCAAGCGGCUAAAUUUAAAGAUCCAUUAAUUCGUCUAAAAAUUCAAUAUGCAAAAUCAGCAAGAGAAGCAUUUACAAUUGCUAGAUCACAUGAUCUAGAGAAAAGAGUAGAUUGGGAAUUGGUAUUGACAGAAGAAAGAACAAUAUUCAAAGAGUUAAUUAUGAAAAAUGCAUUAAAGAGUAAAUUUAAACAAUUUCCCAACUUACAAUUUAAAUUACUUUCUACGUGUGAUGCUGAAAUAAUAGAACAUACACAAAAUGAUAGAUACUGGGGAGAUGGUGGGAAUGGCGAAGGGUUGAAUAGAUUAGGUCAACUAUUAAAAGAAGUCAGGACGGAGAUUUUUCAAACUGAGCGUAACAGAUUAAUUCUUGAAAAUGGAUUAGGAGGAGGCCGGUAUCAAGGCCAAAGAUGGAUUAUACAUCAUCUACAAUGUUUAAACCAUUUGAGCUUUGAUGGUAAUAAUAGUGACUAUAAUCUAUAA